UUUUGGGGAAGACACUUGAGGCCCAGAGCCCAGAGGAGCCUGAUAUAUAAUUUUGCACAAUUAAAUCUGAAAUAGGUAUAGGGGGGUAUUUCUUAAUCUGUAGUUAGAGAUGCACUGCUUCAGCUCUGAGAGAAGCAUCCUGCACUCCUGUCUCCCCACUUCCCUUUGUCUCUCGCAGGUGAAAGAAGGAUGCUGGCAAGACCUCCUCCUGCAUCUCUUCAUCCUGGUGGAGGGGAAGCAGCGGCUGAGGAACCGGAUCAGGGUCCAGUUUCUUUUGAAGAUGUCACUGUUUGUUUCACGGCUGAGGAGUGGGCGUUGCUGGAUCCUGCCCAGAGAGCUCUGCAUAAGGAGGUUACAGAGGAGAAUCGUGGUAUCCUGGCCUCUCUCAGUGGUGAUGAAUUAGAAAUUAAGAACCAGCGAAUCCAUGACAAAAUCCACACAGUGGAGAACCCCUAUCAAUAUGUGGAGUGUGGAGAGAGCUCUCAUUCCUUAUCCCAUCCAAGAAUUCCCACUGGGAAGAAAAAGCAUCAGUGCUUGGAAUGUGGGAAGAGCUUUAGUCGCAGCUCUUAUCUCACGGUCCAUCAAAGAUUUCAUAAAGGAGAGAAACCUUAUCAGUGCUUGGAAUGUGGGAAGAGCUUCAGUACAAAGGCCAAUGUCACUUCCCAUCAAAGAAUUCAUACAAGGGAGAAACCCUACCAGUGCCUGCACUGUGGGAAGAGCUUCAAUCGGAAUAUUGAUCUCACUUCCCAUCAAAGAAUUCAUACAGGGGAGAAACCAUAUCAGUGUUUGGAAUGUGGAAAGCGCUUCAGUCAGAGGUCCCAUCUCACUACUCAUCAAAUAAUUCAUACAGGGGAGAAACCGUUUCAGUGCUUGGAAUGCGGGAAGAGCUUCAGUUCGAAGGCCUAUGUCACUUCCCAUCAAAAAAUCCAUACAAAGCAGAAACCCUAUCAGUGUUUGGAAUGUGGAAAGAGCUUCGAUCGGAAUAUUGAUCUCACUUCCCAUCAAAGAAUUCAUACAGGGGAGAAACCAUAUCAGUGUUUGGAAUGUGGAGAGAGCUUCAGUUGGAAGAUAUAUUUGUCUUACCAUCAAAGAAUUCAUAGAGGGAAGAAACCCUAAUAGUGCUUGGAAUGUGGAAAGAUCUUCACCCACAAGAAAAGUCUCACUUCCCACCAAAUAAUUCAUGCAGCGCAGAAA